AUGAUUAAACUUAGCUUCAUAAGGAUCCCCCCCUCAUUUGUCCAAUUUUCUAAUCAAAAUUUUGAUAGAAAAAAAAAAAUUCACUAAAAAAAACUAAAAUUUAGGGACAUUCGAAUAAAAAAAGACUAGAGAAUGGGACAAAUCAUUUUUGACUAGAUUUUGGGACAAAUGAGGUGAAAAACUUUUUUUUCUUACUCCCCCCCCUUUAAAUUGGAACAAAAUAUCGGUAAAAUUUCCCCUUUAAAUUGGAACAAAAUUUAAUUUUAUAAUAAAAAAUUAUAUAUAUAAUUUUUAUCUAAAAAGUUUUGAUAUAAGUUAAAUGUUUCUUCUUAACUAAAAUUGAAAAUUUAGUUAUAUCUUGCUCUUUUUUAAAGAAGAGAGUAUAAAGAGCAUCUUAUUUAAAUAAAUUUAUUAUCCUUAAUUGCUAAUUUUUAAAAAAACAUUAAUUUUUGUUUUUUAAAAAUUUUCAAAAAAAUUUUUGUUUUUUUUUGAUAAAAAUGAUAUUUUUUAUUUGGAUAGUUUUGAUAUAAAUUCAAUAGGAAUUCUUUAUCAAAUUUCAAAAUUUACUUAUUUCUGGCUUUAUUUUAAAGAAUAGAGUAUAAAUAACAUCUUAUUUAAACGAAAUUAGCACUUUGAUCGAUACAUUUUCAAAAUUUUUUUUGUUUUAAUUUUUUUUAUCAAUAAAAAUAAUAAUUUUUGUGUAAAUAAUUUUGAUACCAAUUAAUAGUGGCGUAUUAACUAAUAAUGAAAAUUUAGUUAUAUCUUGCUUUGUUUUAAGGAUAAAGAGUAAAUAGCAUUUUAUUAAACAAAUUUAUUAAUCUAAUUCGAUAAGUUUUUGAAAUGUUUUUUUUUGAUAUUUUUUUUUAAAAAAAAAAAAAAUUAACCCCCCUUUAAAUUGGAACAAAAUUUUUAGUUCCAAUUUAAAGGGGGGGGGAGUUAGAAAAAAAGACUAGAAAAUUAGACAAAUAAGGGGGGAUCCUUAGUUUUCUUUUUAUCUCAAUGCCCUGUUUGGGCAGGCAAAUGAGAUGCAUUAGCAACAGCACUUAUCAAUGCAGAAUAUAAAGAAGUUAGUGGUAAAGAAGCAAGACUUUUUGAAAGUAUUAAGCUUAUUCAAAUUGAGGAAUUCCCAGCAAGCCCUGGAAUAAAAUACACGCUGGUAUUACUCUUGAAUAGCACAGCAGAAAAUAAACUGAGCUUACAUAAAAUCUCCCUAUGAACCAGCGGCUCUGCUAAUGAAAUUAGGAUUGAUAGUCACAAAUCUCCAAUGAUUGAAAUUGAUAGUAACUCAUCGCAGCCUAUAAUUAAAGCGGCUAUGAGUUUAUAUUUUAAUGAAACAAUUCCUGCAUUAGGAAAUUUCAGUAUUUAUAGGCAAUCGAUUAAUGAUAGUCAUGCAAAAAUUAAUUUGACUUAUGCUCUUGUGAGUUAUAAUGAAAAAGAAUAUUGGGUAUAUGUACUGAAGAAUAGCACAAAAAUUUAUAAUUAUAUAUGAGAAAGCGAAACCUUAGGAAAUAAUGAAACUGAGCAAUAUAAAAUUUCACUUAUGAGAUCUUUUAUUAUUACAACUAUAGUUAGUGUGAUUUUAACAUUAAUAGCAAUUACAGCUAUUUGGAGGAUUAAAGGAGACUAUCCGCUACAACCAACGAGUACAGUAAAAGAUUCACGAUCAGUUAAUAUUCCUCCUAAUAAAACAUAA